AGAGUGGGUUUGGCUCAGCUGCCAAGAUCAGGCCUUUCAGUCUGGUGCAUUGAAAAUCCAGACACAAAUCCCUUUUCAUGGAACUGACGUUCUAACUGGAAAAGAGCUGAGGAAAGAGGCUGCAACAGAUGCUGUGGGCAGCCCAGCUGGUCUCACCUGGGGAAACAUCUGAGCCUAAACCACAUGGAUCAGCCUGAGACCUUUCCAAGUCGGGUUAUAAAGCUACACCUACACAGAGUGGGACCGUUGACAGUGAUGCACGUGAGCAAGCGCCUGGCUUGAGGAGCGAUGCAACAGGCAUGAUGGAAGUCGAGUCCUCUUACUCGGACUUCAUCUCCUGCGACCGGACAGGCCGUCGGAAUGCAGUCCCUGACAUCCAGGGUGACUCGGAGGCCGUGAGUGUUCGGAAGCUCGCUGGAGACAUGGGCGAGCUCGCACUUGGGACAGAAGGACAGGCAGAGGGAAGUACCCCAGACAAGGAAGCCAGCAGCCAGCCCGAGAGCAGUGACACGAACACCUCGUCCUGAGUCUGCCUGUGUCCUACAGGCUAGAAGAGACCUGCUGUACCUCCUGGACUGGAGCCCUGGCCAGUCAGGCCAACUGAGAGGAUCAUGGAGUCCUCUGUGGCCCCCACUCCAGCACAGUCCUCCACCCACCCCACAGGCUCCACUCCCCCAACUCCCCACGGUGCCCAGGUCCACUUGGAAGACACUAGCUCCACGAGGUGUUAUUUAUUCAGCUAGGCGGGGCGAGCCAGGCCCUGCCUCUAGGUGAGCAGCUGCCACCUGGACAGGGACUGUCCCAUCAGCCACUCACCCCUCCAGCUAGCCGUCUGUCAGGAAGAUCUUCCUAGUCCUUUUUUAAAGCCUCUUUUACAUUUUUUAAAAACAUAACUUUUUCAGAGAGAGCAGGGAGCUGACAAUCAGUUUUUUUCUGUUUGGGUUUUGGUUUUUGGUUUUGUUUUGAAAGCCGUUUAAAACUCAGUUCUGAUGAUCUAUGCAGCUCUAAGUUCCCUCAUGGAGCCUCACAGAUCCAGUUUUGGGAAAGGAUUUGGACUCAAAACCAACUGACCAGUUCUUUGCCCUUAGUACCAAGAGACUGAUACUUAGGCCCAGGAAAUAAAUGCUGGUGAUUUGUGUG